AUGCAGUCAGAAUCUAGCGCCACGACGGGCGUCAGCGAAAUGAUCAGCCAAUUUUUGUCAAAACUUACCACCGGCGACUCGUUCCGAUUGGAGACAGUCCCACCACUCCCGUCACCCGAAAAGUUCACCAUCGUCGAAAAUUAUGCUUGUUGGGAAGUGCAGGUGCGUGCUUACGUGCAGAAGUUUCCCGAGUCGGAAAGGAAAAUGGCAAUUUUAGGCCUGUUGGCUAGUGAAUCGACCGAUGGGGCCUUUCAGGCGAGUGCAUUCGAGGAGGAGGAUCUGGAUGGGGUUUUUCGAAAACUGCAAUGCCUCCGUGAUACUCCACUCCACCCAAUCGAGUACCGGUCACAACUCCACUCGGCACGCCAGAACAUCGGGGAGACCGUAGAUGCAUACGCGUAUCGCGUCAAGCAACUGGUGUCCAAGGCUUUUCCCGACGACAACAGCAAAGCCCAGGAUAAGCGUGCUGUGGAACGUUUUGUAGAAGGAGUCAGUAGUGCGUCACUGAAUAAAGCGCUGAUUACAAAAUCGCCUAAAAGCCUCAGCGAAGCUGUUGAUCUGGCAGGAGAAACGGAGAGACUACAGAGAGUCGUUCAUGGAGUAGAGAGCCUUUGCGUGGCCGUGCAUCACCAACGACGUCAGCAGCGAGAACCAAUCCGGAGACAGNCAGUGGGGGCCAAGGCCUCAUCAAGGACCGACUAG